AUGGCAGAACGGCCGCUUAAAAAGCAGAACAAAAGCAAAGGAAAACUCUCUGUCAAAGAAGGCCCCCUUUUCACUUCAGAGACUGCUCCUCCUGUUAGACUCGAAAAGAAGAAGGGAAAAAUCACUUCCGAAUCACGCGAGAAGGAACCGAUCACUCCAAAAACAGGAAGGAAACUAGAGAAACUGCCUAAGAAAAUCUCUAACUGCAUUACCUCUCAGCCUUCCUCCUCGGAAUCCGACGCUAUUCCAUCUGAUGUCGAACCCCUUGAGAACUCAUCAUCCUCUGAAAGCCCAUCAGAGGAAGAGGAUAACCCGGUCGUUGAUCCACAGUUUAUCAAAGUUGUAUCCCGGAAGAAGCUUCGCCACGAGAAAAAGUCCUCGGGGAUUCACCCCAAAUACAACCCCAGCCGUUAUUUAUGUUAG